AUGACCCUGAAGAAGGGGCCCCCAGAGGAGGCCACAGCGCCCCCUAGUCCUCUGGUGCCUCCCAAACGCUCUAAAGCCGAGCACAGUCCUGGUGCCAGCGCUCCGGUCUUCACACGCAAGAUGAGGAACGCCGCGGUGGGAACGGGCUGCGACAUCCGCCUCAAGGUGUGUGUGAGCGGGGACCCUCAGCCCUCCCUGUACUGGUAUCAUAAUGAGGACCUGUUGGACAUGGAGAACCAGGAGUACGGAGGUUUGUGGAUCCGGGACUGCAAACCCACUGACGCUGGACUCUAUACCUGCAUCGCCAACAACCACCAGGGGGAGGCGAGGAGCAGCGCCGUGCUGGCUGUGUUGGACCUGGGGGAAGAGUCGGAGUCGGAGGAGGAGGAUGGGGAGGAGCUGGAGGAGCGAGCAGACUCUGUGAUGGACACAGCUGCAGAUGUGGAUCCACAACAUGAAGACCACACGGCAAUCAGGGAGUCCCCUCCCCAGACGCUUCCCCCUCCCUCCCCUCGCCCGUCCAAACGCCUCCCUUCCUCUCCCAUGCCCUCCUCCCCCAUGCCCUCGCGCUCCACCACGCCCAUCGGAGCACGCAAGAGGAUCAGCGUUCCGCCCGGAGACUACCAGGACACGGUCCCCGGCGAGUUCCAGGACAAAGUCAAACAGCCCAAACCCGCGCUCACAAACACCUGCCAGCAGGAGACCCGCCCGCAGACACCUCUGAGCGAGCAGUCACGCAAGGAGUACACCCCCAGACCGUCGCCAAAGCUCACACGCGCCAGCUCCAAAGUAUUUGAGAAGGUGCGCGGGCUGGAGGAGCGCCGCCGCAGCCUGGACGUCCCCGAGGGCUCGGUCUCAGGGCGCUCGUGGGCGGGCUUUAACCGCGCCGGCUCCGUGGACUCGGACGAUGGCGGCAGCCGCUUGGGGAUUUCCAGGGAGAGCUCCAGAGAGGACCUCCGCGAGGCUCUGAAGGAGGACGCGGCUGAGCGCAGGAGCAUGUUCAGGCAGAGGGCGGCGUCUCUGGAGGACAAGCCGCGUUACUCUCAGAAAGUGCAAGACAUCGAGAACAAGUUCACAGAAGAGCUACAGCGCAUCAAGAAGCUGGUGGGGAAGACGCACAUGAAGAAGUCCUUCUCCACAGAGCAGCUCACACUCAAGGCCAAGCAGCGCACGCCGCUGCGCAAGAUAGAGCCCAUUCCCCCACAGGUUCUACAGAAGCUCCAGGAGAGAGAGAGAGCAGGCUGGGACAAAGAGAAAGCGCAGAGACAGGAGAGAGACCCGCUGAGCCCGCCUGAGUCGGUGCAGCUCACGGAGCUGCCCGGCCAGCGCCCGCUCCGCAGCCCGAUAACUGAGGUCGCUCAGCGGUCGUCAUCGCCGCUGGUGCAGCAGCUGGAGGCGCCGCGCAGAGAGAAGCGGCCUCCGAGCCCGCUGGUGCAGAGGGUCACACCGCGUCUCCAGGACGACGCCUCAGGCCGCAGGACGCCUGUGGAGGUUGCUCUGCGCAGAGUGGAGGCGCGGCCCGAGAGUCCCCUGGUGCAGAGGAGGGGAGGUGCAGAUGUCCCGCCUCCCAAACCACUGCGCACCAGCGAAGACCCGGGCUGGAGCGUCCCCAGGAUCGUGGUGCGAGAGGAGAAGACCGUGCCAAAAGAGGGGAGCCGAGAGGGGGCCCUCAAGAGCCGCAAGAAGAAGACCAGACCCAUGUCUCCGGAGCAAGACUCCUCAGACGACUCGUACGUCUCGGCCGGUGAGGACCCCCUGGAGUCUCCGGUCUUUGAGUUCCCUCUGCAGGACACAGUCAGUGUCUCAGGAGCCGACUUGGUCCUCAAGUGCAUCAUCUCCGGGACCCCCAAACCAGAAGUGACGUGGUCCAAAGAUGGAGGUCCGGUCUCAGGUCUGGGUCUGAACUAUGCAGUGAAGGUGGAAGGAGAGCGUCACAGUCUCUGGAUCAAAUCUGUGAGAGUUUGCAACGGCGGCGUUUACUGUGCGAGCGCCAAGAACGAGAUCGGGGAGGCCUCCAGCUCCGCCACGCUGACCGUGAGAGUGUUUCUCUGGAUUACCGUGCGCUUGUGUUUCGGAAUGUUUGUUGCCCGUGUACCGGCCUCCGGGCGAGGCGUAAUGCCCGGGAUGGCCGGGGACAGAGGUUUGGAGCAGCUGACGCGGCGUCACGCUGUGAAGCUUGUGACUGCGGCGUCCUGCUCUGUGGAGGAGGCGAUACUCGCUGUGGGGAAAGAAGUGGGAUACGUCCACAUUAAGUCUGCUUCACGUAUGAACGGAGCGGUCGUGAUCUUUCUGUCCAGCACUGAGAAGGUGGCGGAGGCCGUGGAGAAGGGAGCCACCAUCCAGGGCCUGUUCACCUCUGUCCUGCCGCUGGUGAGUCCCGCCAGGCGGGUCAUCGUCUCCAACGCUCCUCCGUUUAUCAAGAACGAGACUCUAGCUGCAGAACUGUCCCGGUUCGGACAGCUGACACGUAGUGACCAUCGCAGACAGGUGCUCAUGGUGCUGAAGGACCAUCGCAGACAGGUGCUCAUGGUGCUGAAGGACCAUCGCAGACAGGUGCUCAUGGUGCUGAAGGAUAACUCCGAAUUAAACCUGUCCUUCACUUUUAAAGUUGAUGGAUUCAGUUAUCGCGGAGGCCGCGGAGCCAUCGGGGGACCGCCCCCGGCCCCAACACCUCCCCCCGCGGACGGCACUGCUGGGGACCCCCCCGACAACCCAGACACUGCUGCGGGGCCCGCGGUGGAGCCCGCGGUGGAGCCCGCUGCGGGGCCCGCAGUGGAGGCCCCCACUGCUGUCAAUGACCCUGACAGCACUCCUCCUCCCCCCGAGGAGCAGGUGUGUGACAUGAGUCAGGAGCUGAGCAGUGUGGGAGACAAGAACAUGGUGUCUCCGAACUCGAACCUGAACCUCCCUCUGGACCUGAGCAGCCCGAUCACAUCUGACGAGGAGUACCUGAGUCCCCUAGAGGAGAGUGUGGAAACUACAGCCGACUCACACCGGCUGAGCCCACGAUUCAAACAACCCCCUGCCUUUGUGUCCACCAUGAGUGACCAGUCCGUGGUUGAGGGUCGGGAGGUGUCUUUCUCAGUGCGGGUCAGCGGCCAGCCCAAACCCAUGCUCUACUGGCUGCGGGACAGAGUGACGGUGAAGUCUGGUCCUCGUCACCUGGUCUCGGAGACAGACGACAGGUUCGAGAUGACCAUCCUGUCCGCGGCGCGCUCGGACACUGGAGUCUACACCUGCAAGAUCAUCAACGAGUAUGGAAGCAAGCAGUGCGAGGCGCUGCUGAGGGUCACAGGCGCUGCUGAGGGUCACAGGUACGAGGGGGGGUGCGAGGCGCUGCUGAGGGUCACAGGUACGAGGGAGGGGGGUGAGGCGCUGCUGAGGGUCACAGGUACGAGGGGGGUGCGAGGCGCUGCUGUGGGUCACAGGUACGAGGGGGGGGUACGAGGGGGGGUGCGAGGCGCUGCUGAGGGUCACAGGUACGAGGGGGGGGUGCGAGGCGCUGCUGAGGGUCACAGGUACGAGGGGGGGUGCAAGGCGCUGCUGAGGGUCACAGGUACGAGGGAGGGGGGUGAGGCACUGCUGAGGGUCACAGGUACGAGGGGGGGUGAGGCGCUGCUGAGGGUGACAGGUACGAGGGGGGGGGUGCGAGGCGCUGCUGAGGGUCACAGGUACGAGGGGGGGUACGAGGGGGGGUGCGAGGCGCUGCUGAGGGUCACAUUUACGAGGGGGGGUGAGGCGCUGCUGAGGGUCACAGGUACGAGGGGGGGGUACGAGGUGCUGCUGAGGGUCACAGGUACGACGGGGGGGUGCGAGGCGCUGCUGAGGGUCACAGGCGCUGCUGAGGGUCACAGGUACGAGGGGGGGUGCGAGGCGCUGCUGAGGGUCACAGGUACGAGGGAGGGGGGUGAGGCGCUGCUGAGGGUCACAGGUACGAGGGGGGUGCGAGGCGCUGCUGUGGGUCACAGGUACGAGGGGGGGGUACGAGGGGGGGUGCGAGGCGCUGCUGAGGGUCACAGGUACGAGGGGGGGUGCGAGGCGCUGCUGAGGGUCACAGGUACGAGGGAGGGGGGUGAGGCGCUGCUGAGGGUCACAGGUACGAGGGGGGUGCGAGGCGCUGCUGUGGGUCACAGGUACGAGGGGGGGGUACGAGGGGGGGUGCGAGGCGCUGCUGAGGGUCACAGGUACGAGGGGGGGGUGCGAGGCGCUGCUGAGGGUCACAGGUACGAGGGGGGGUGCAAGGCGCUGCUGAGGGUCACAGGUACGAGGGAGGGGGGUGAGGCGCUGCUGAGGGUCACAGGUACGAGGGGGGGUGAGGCGCUGCUGAGGGUGACAGGUACGAGGGGGGGGGUGCGAGGCGCUGCUGAGGGUCACAGGUACGAGGGGGGGUACGAGGGGGGGUGCGAGGCGCUGCUGAGGGUCACAUUUACGAGGGGGGGUGAGGCGCUGCUGAGGGUCACAGGUACGAGGGGGGGGUGCGAGGUGCUGCUGAGGGUCACAGGUACGAGGGGGGGGUGCGAGGCGCUGCUGAGGGUCACAGGUACGAGGGAGGGGGUACGAGGGGGGGGUGAGGCGCUGCUGAGGGUCACAGGUACGAGGGAAGGGGGUGAGGCGCUGCUGAGGGUCACAGGUACGAGGGGGGGGCGCGAGGUGCUGCUGAGGGUCACAGCUCCGCCUAUAGAGCCCGCCCUGGCCGUGGUCCGCCCAGUCCGGGACGUUGCGGCUAAAGCCGGGGACACGGUGCUGCUGGAGUGCCACGUGAGCGGCCCCAAAGACACAGACGUGGACUGGCUCUCAGACGGGAGGCUCAUUCAGCCUGCGCUGCUCAACUGUAAGAUGCAGGUCAAAGGACGCUCCUGCCGCCUGCUGCUGCACUCUGUCCACGAGGACGACUCUGGGACCUACACCUGCAAGAUCAGCUCCAGCAGAGAGGAGGUGACCUCCACAGGCAGACUCUCAGUGCAGCCCUCAGUGGAGCCUCUCUUCACUCGGAAGCUGGACGUCCUGGAGGUCAUCGAGGGACGCACCGCUCGCUUCGACUGCAAAGUGAGCGGGACGCCGGCCCCAAAGGUCGUCUGGAGCCACUUUGACCAGCCGCUGGUGGAGAAUGAGGAUGUGCGUAUGGUGCGGGAGGGCGGCCGACACUCGCUCAUCAUUUCACACGUAACCAACGACGAUGAAGGAUUCUACACCGUCACCGCGAGGAACCCCCACGGAGACGCUGAGAGUUCUGCUGAGCUGUACAUACAGGAGCACAGGCCGGCCAUCUCCUCCCAGAUGGCGAAGCUGGAGAAGAUGCCAUCGAUCCCGGAGGAGCCCGAGGUCCCGGACUCGGACCUGGAGCGGUUCUCGAUGCCGGACUUCACCAAAGCUCUGCUGGACCUGGACGUGGUGGAAGGACGAGAGGCGGUGCUCAAGUGCAGAGUGUCGGGGCUGCCCUACCCCAGUAUCAGCUGGUACCACAACGGUCUGCCCAUCAGGAGCACCGAGGACCGCAAGAUGAUGCAGCAUCGUGACGUUCACAGUCUGUUGAUCCGGAGUGUGACUCAUUCUCACGGAGGAGUUUACAAAAGUGUCAUCGCCAACAAAGUGGGAAAAGCCACGUGCUACGCUCACCUCUACGUCACUGGUUAG